AUGAACCCGUCUCGGCCUUGUCUGGCAUUCAACUUCAGGGAAAGGGAUGGAUUUUGUCAGCUGAUUCAUAUUGAGAAGAGCAGUCUAGUUCCCUCGGAUGGAUACCAGGCAUACGUACAGUUUCUCUGCUUGACGGAUUACCCGAGGAUCGAGCACGCCGAAGAAUCCUUCGUGUCUUGGACGGGUAAGCAUCCCAGCCCGCCGGGUGGGGAGGUGAAAUUCUCGUGCAAGCACCCGCGAGGGUUCAAAGAUGGCUUGAAGGAACACCACGCCACCUGUUCGUCGGUUGUAGCUGAUACAUGGCGCACGACGUUCAUCGAAGGCGAAAAGGAUCUCUGUCCUAAACCUCAUAAGCCAGUUUAUCCCGAAUGCCGACUGACUGAGAUGGGGAAGGAAUACAUCGGGACCUUGGACGUGACGGAGACCGGAAAACAGUGCCUCAGAUGGGAUUCCCCGAAUGUGAAAAUGUUCUACUCUACAGUUGCGGAGGGGUUCGAUAGAUACAUGUUUUUCGAAGAGCAUUUCCUGAACCAGGACCCAUCCUCCCACGAAAAUUUCUGUCGGAACCCGACAUUGAAAAAUAUGCCCUGGUGUUUCGUCGAGAUUGACGGCCUGAAGUGGGAAUAUUGCUCGAUUCCUUUUUGUGAUGACCUGACUGCCCCAGAAUGCAAGAAGACUCAAAAGGGAGCUGAAUAUGUGGGGGCACAAAACAAAGGGAUAUCUGGCUCUACUUGCCUUGCUUGGCUUCGUCAUGAGGGGGUGAUUCCGGAAGAAAUGUUUGCAUUGAGGGGGCAGGCAUUCCCCGAUACCCUCACGGAUGAGCACAACUACUGCCGGAAUCCGACCGGGAAGCCAGGCGGUCCCUGGUGCAAAGUUCCUGAUCCCACAGGCACUGGAAUGACCCCAAUGGGGAAGGAAUACCGAGGAACCCUCCGUCGAACAGAAAACGGAAAGAAAUGCCAGCUCUGGAGUAUUAUAUCGAGGAAGGAUGCCGAUAAAGAAGACCUGCUUGAUUUCCUCUACUCUUAUCACCCUUACCACGAACGCAACGAGGUACCAAGGGACCUUCAAGAGUCAAUUCUCAAAAUCGUUGCAAACCAGGAGAGAAACUACUGCCGGAACCCUGCGAGGGCCGAGCGACCAUGGUGUUUCGUUUCCAUCACGCCUUCUUUGAGCUGGGGAUAUUGCGACAUUCCCUUCUGCCACCGCCCAAAAGAGCCCGUGGAAUGUCGAUUGACCAAUGAGGGACUGGAUUAUGCGGGAAUCAAGAACGUUGACUCAGACGGUCGGAAGUGCCUACCCUGGUUGAGUCGGGCACACGACAAGCGAUUUGCAUUCAUGGACUUGAUGACAUUCCCUGAUGAAAUCGUGGAUAGCAGCCACGACUACUGUCGGAAUCCUGACGCAGACAGCGCCGGUCCAUGGUGCUUCAAUGAGGAGGGAACUGGCGAAGGAUGGGGGCGGUGCACGGUUCCAUUCUGCUCUCAAUUGUACGAGCGAUUCGCCGUCGAAGGUAAACCGGCGGAAGGAUAUCCGGAAUGCUUGCAGACGGCAAUGGGGAAGGAAUACGUGGGCACGACAAGAAAAACAAAAACCGGAAAGCCCUGUCUCCGAUGGGAUUCCCAGCCCUAUGGAAAGCCUGAUGACUUUGUCCAAAAUAUACCUUAUGAGGCUCAUUUUCGAUUCGGCAAUUCCACGUUGCAUCAUGAUUUCUGCAGAAACCCGACGUUGAGGCAUCAACCUUGGUGCUUCGUUGAAGAUGCAGGCAUCGAAUGGGAAUUCUGCCAUAUCGGAUUCUGCCCCAACUACCCUAACAAGACGGAAUGCAGAUGGACGAAGGAGGGAGAGGAGUAUGCAGGGACACUAAAUAAAUCACUGGAGUUGCCUUGUGAGCAAUGGCAAGAUGCUGCGUUGCUGGAGAGACAUUGGCACAGAUUCCCAGAGGGCGUGAGGAGCGAGAAUCACAACUUCUGUCGCAAUCCGGAUGGGCGUGAGACCGGGCCCUACUGCUUUGUCGGGGAAUCUCUAUUUGAAAACUGUGACAUCCCUUUCUGCCCUUUCCACUACCUCUACUAA